CUGGCAGACGGUGCCAUGAGCCACAAUUUGGACGCGGCGCGGAGCUUUCUGGAGCAGCUGGAGGAACAGGGCGGCCUGAAGGGGGAGGUUCUGGCCGCGGAGUUCAGUGACAUCCGAGUGCGCUCAGCUGCCUGGAAGGCUGAUGGGGUGCGCUCCACCGAGGUUGGCAGUCGGCCAGAGAAUAUACAGAAGAACCGCUACAAAGAUGUGGUGCCAUAUGAUCAGACGCGCGUGAUCCUCUCCCUGCUCCAGGAGGAAGGGCAUGGCGACUACAUCAAUGGCAAUUUCAUCCAGGGCGCAGAUGGAAACCAGUCCUACAUCGCCACACAAGGACCCCUGCCUCACACUCUGCUAGACUUCUGGCGCCUGGUCUGGGAGUUUGAGAUCAAGGUGAUCCUGAUGGCAUGUCGAGAGACAGAGAAUGGGCGGAAAAAGUGUGAGCGUUACUGGGCCCAGGAGCACAAGCCAUUGCAGAUUGGGUUUUUCUGUAUCACCCUGACAAAGGAGACACAGUUGAAAGCAGAUAUCAUUCUUAGGACCCUUCAAGUCACAUUCCAGAAGGAAUCCCGUUCUGUACACCAGCUGCAAUAUAUGUCCUGGCCAGACCGUGGGGUCCCCAGCAAUCCUGACCACAUACUUAUCAUGGUGGAGGAAGCCCAUCGCCUCCAAGGAUGUGGCCCGGGGCCUCUCUGUGUCCACUGCAGUGCCGGCUGCGGGCGGACAGGAGUCCUGUGCAUUGUUGAUUACGUCAGACAGUUGCUCCUGACCCAGAUGAUUCCACCUAACUUCAACCUCUUCAACCUGGUCCUCGAGAUAAGGAAGCAGCGACCAGCAGCGGUCCAGACAGAGGAGCAGUACAGGUUCCUGUACCACACAGUGGCUCAGAUGUUCUACUCAGCACUCCAGGCCACCAGCCCCCACUACCAGAACCUCAAGGAGAAUUGUGUCCCACUCUAUGAUGAUGCCCUCUCCCUCUGGACUUCUCCAGCCCUUCUUGCCUUACCCCGCCCACCAAGCGGAGUGCUCAGGAGCAUCUCGGUGCCCGGGGCCCCUACUGUCCCCAUGGCCGACACCUAUGCUGUAGUGCACAAGCGCCGGCCCCCCGCGGGCGCCGGGCCAGUGGCGCAAGAGCACAGCACCGAGGAGAAGCCACUCUACAGCCAGGUGAAGUCACGCACCCAGCGUCCCGGGGCACAAACAGAGGACAAGCGGGUUUCGCUGCCUGGCCGCGUUCCUGCUAAUCAAAGCCCUGCUGGGCCUGAUGCCUAUGAGGACGUGACAGAGGGAGCUCAGACUGGUGGGCUAGGCUUCAAUCUGCGCAUUGGAAGGCCAAAAGGACCCCGAGACCCCCCUGCUGAGUGGACCCGGGUGUGAGCUCUGCAUCCAUACCAACCUGUUUCUACAUGUGUGCUUGAACUGCUGCUGGCCACCACUCUGCUGUGGGAUAUGUUGGGGAUGGGAUGCUGGGUCUGGAUCCAAAUAAAAAUUUAUUGGGGUGGGAAUAUGA